UCGUCGCGUGCGGAUGCACCUUUGUCGGUUCGAUUCCCGGUACUCGCGGUGUGAAACACAGGACUUUUUGCUGCAAGGGAGGCUUCACCGGUGUUUUUUGUGUACAAUCGUCCCCCUUCCCCCUAAGGGAGGUGCGAGGAGUUUGAGAGGGUGGUUUGUUAUUGUUGGUGUGGGGGAGAGAGAAAGAGAGUGGGUAAAGCCUGUUUUUGGGUGAAAACCGGCGUGAAUUUUUCCCGGUAGCGUGAAAUCGUGCAAUAUUAUCAAGAAAGUUAGUAGUUUUGAGACAAAUUUGAAUCCGAUACUCGAAGUUUUGAGGAAAUUUGAAGUGAAAAUUCGCGAUUUUAAGGAGGAGCAAAAAGUGCGUGGGUGGGAAUCCUCAAACCCAAAACAACCCCCUCGGAAAAUUUCUUCGUCCUUCCUAAGAGAUCCCGAAAGAGAAGGAGUUUUAUAACAUCUUGAAGAAAAAAAAAAAAAAAAAGGAAAAGUUUCGGGUGGAGAUUUUAAAUCUGCCAUCGGUGCGGUGUGUUAAGAUUGCUAAUUUAGUAAAGUGCUGGGAAAAGAAACGUUAACCAAAAACCGACCCUUAAUGGAUUAGCUGCUGCUGCUGCUGUGGCCAGCCCGGAAGUUCAAAGGAUUUGGAGCGGAAAAUUUGUGCGAUCCUGCGGAAUUUCAACCGAUUUUUUUGCUGCUUCCAGUUGAUGAGUUGGCAACUUUUUGCCUGGAAAAUUGUGGAAAACGGAGAAGGAAAACUGCAGCCGUUAAACGUGACCUUCAAAGUAUUGAUUUUUUGCUGCAGUUGGCGUCAUUUUCCGGUGGAUAAAAUUUUCCCGGAAACGAACAGGAAAUUCAAAAAGUGCAUCGCGUGAUUUAAUUUGCGUGAAGGAUUAAGUGAGUUGAAGGAGGGAAAAUCAACUAAAAGAAUAAUUGAAAAAAUAUCAAUUUAAAAAUCGUGUUUCUCAGUGUGAAAACAGAUGUGAAAAUCGCUCGGGAAAUCCAGUUGAAUUGUGGGAAAAUUGCAACUUGUGAAAAUAACAAACCAACAGAAGGAGAGAAAAAAAAAAUCGUUUGCAUAUUUUGAUUGACACGUGGCGUGAAGAAAAAAAGGGAAAAUCAACACAAAAAAAGCGAGCUAAAAGAAAAUUCUGCGGUGAAACAAACAAGUGUCGAAAAAUAAUUUGGUGGAAAACAAGUGUGAGUGCAGAAGGAAAAUAAACAGAAAUUUUCUCUGUUGAGGUGUGAGUGACCAAUCGUCGUUCUGUGGAUUGCACUUUUGAAGUGCAAAUAUAUUGCAUUUUUGGACUCGCCAGCGCGUCGUGAAUCGUAGACCAGGUGGUUUAUUUAUAAAAAGCGGUUUCAUCGUGCGGGAUUUUGCAGUGUGAAUUUGCUCCAGCAAAUCUUGGCCAACCGUAAACAUACACGGUUUGCAUCCUGGACUCGCCGGCAACCCAGCCUAAUGAAGGUUUUUGCGGUUAAAAGGCUUGGGUGAAGUUAAUCAUCGCACAGAUUGUCAUAAAUCAAGUGAAAUGAGAAGUCACUUCAGCUUCGAGAUAAACUCUAUCCCAGUAACAGUGCUAUGAUAAGAUCACCGACCUAAUUUAACGAAAUCGCCUGAAAAACAACACCAGCAGCAAUGACAGCAGCAUAUCAGCUCAGAACUCCAAAAGACUUGAAACCAAAUACGUAGCCAGCACGAAAUGGCCAAAAAUCGUCAUCACAUCUAGCGAUCGUAGAAUCUCAUCAUCUCUCAUCAUCACUCUUCAUCGAGCACUCACAAAACUUGCUCAAGCCUCUAGCAUAACUGUAGAAGAGUCACUCGUCUAGCUAUCCCACAAACUACUGUUCAAAAUGUCCAUCACGGGUUCGCUGGUCGGCUACGAGAACAACAAUGACGUGUCCGCGACGAAGAAGAACCGCUCGCUGCUCAACAUUACCGGCACGUCCAACGCGUCCUCGAAGCAGUGCCAAAGUCUAAACUCGAGCCUCACGAACAGCGUCAUGACCAGUGCCAGCACCCGCAGCCACCGGAUGGACGGAGGAGGUUCCUCCGGCAAGAAGCAUCGCCGGUUACACCUGAACACGCUGUGGUCCGUGUGGUACGGAGUGCUGGUCACCCUGCUGCAGGCCUACCUUGUGCUCCAAGGAACCCAUCGAUAUCUGGGACUGUCGGCACUGAGCUGGAAGUACGAAAAGCCGUCCACCGAACUGGACAUCCAGAUCGUGUUCUGUGGCCUGGUGGUGCUGUUUCUGCCUCUACUUCUGGCCGCCGCCAUGUUCCGCGUUGGCAAUCUGGCCAACGAUGGCAUCAAGCUGGCGUCCGGCACCAGACUGUGCUCGUCGGCACCCACCGACGGACUGGAGGAGGAGGCCUUCGAGGGAACGUUGAGAGCCCUUUGGAUACAUGGAGGACCAACGUCUGCCUUCAUACAUAUCAUAACGGCAAUAUGUCUGCUACUUCCGCGAUUGCUUCUGGAAGCAAAAGUGAUCGAGAACGGACUUCUCCCAAAAGACGACCUCUGGCGCACCGACCUGGACUUUCUGGUGCCGCACAACGACCGGCUGGUGGUGCUCUCGUUCAUGACGCCAUCCUACCCGAACACCACCGUCAAACCCACGGUCCCGCUCGCCAACAGCGAGGCGUCAUCCUACGAGCGCAAACUCUACCAAAACGGCUACUUCGAGCACAGCGAUCUGGUGGAGAAGUUCCCGGCGUACGACGACGACGACGACGACGUCGGAGAAGAUCUGGACGACGACGACGAAGAAUCGUUUCGGACGCACGAAGCCCUGGAGAUGGAACGAAUCGAUCAGCACAGCCGCCAGUCGCCGAUUUCCAUCUCGACGAUGGAGAACUUCAACGUGUUUGAGAACCCGACGACGAUACACACGUUACCUCCGGUAAGAAAUCUACUGACGACUACGGUGGCUCCACCUACGAGCACAACGACUGAGACCACUACAACGCCGGUACCAACUACAAGACCGACAACAGCUCGAAAAAGCAAAGCUCACAACCGGAAGCACUCGAGCAAAUCGCACGGCUCAACCAAGAAGGAGAAAACUCAUCAAAACCAGCGUCUGGAGGAAGACUUUGACGCCCGGCUGGAGCUGCAACCUCAGAAGGAGUUUGACUUCGCCGACGUGGACGAAAUCACGACGCUGUUCGAGGUGAACCACAGUCGGAAGGUUCAACCGAGUGGUGGAAAGAUCACGCAAGCUACGACGGUCGCAGAUACGUCCACCACCGUAGCAACGAAACCGUCCUCAAAGAGUAGCGGAACCAGUAGCGGCACCAAAAAGACCAAAGACAGCAGCACACAUAUCAUCAAACCGGUCAAGAUCCCGGAGAACGCGAUCCCAUCGACUCCGGUGACGACCAACUCGAAGAUCAUCGAGAUCAAACCGAGCACAACGGGAGCGACUUCGAGGAGUACGCCGAAGAAGAUCAAGCGGUACACGUCGGACAACUACAGCAGCGAAAGCCUGGAAAGCUUGGAGAACAUUCCAAGCGUCGACGAAGAUGAGUUUAUCAUCAAGGACGAAAACGGAAUGGCGAUCCGUCCAGCGUUCCUGAUCGGGACCGUCCCCGGAAACGUUUCAAAUCAACCUAUUGAGCUUAAGGGGUUUGCCGGACUGCUCCAGCUUUUCCUAGGUGUCGACCGUCAGUUCAACGCGAAGCGCUGGACUUCCUCUCCCAGCUUAGAGUUCAUCAACCUGGCGAUCGCCCUGAUGGCUUGGGCGGUUCGCUACCCGUCCGUCUUCUGGCACACCUCAAAAUCAUUCGCGUUCGUGUUCAGCCUGCAGAUGAUCGCCAACGGACUGGACAUCCUGCUCAGCUUCGCCGGAGCCAGCGUGCUGUACAAGCUGCAAACCUUCGGACAGGCGCUCCCACUCCAAGCGCCAGCUCUGAUCCUCAACGGAACCGUCACCAUCGCCCUUACGAUCCUCGCCGUUAUCUUGACAAUCGCUUCCUCGAUGGUCCUCUACCUGUACGGCCACGGCAAGCUGGCGGUUCGGAUACGGGACCGGCGGAUGAUUACCGCCAAGCAGAACACCGACGUGUGGGCUUACUUCGCGCACUGCUCCUCGCUGUGCUUCGUGUUAGCCCUCGCCGUUGUAAAGGCGCCCCUGCUGCACGAUCUGAGCGCUACCUACCGGGGAAGCCUGGACGGUGCCGUUCUGGCGGCAGCCCUCGGAUCCGUGAUCCACCUAUUCCUCUGGAUCGUGCUGUGGCUCUGUCUGACGGCUAAGCGCCGCUGGCACUUUAAGCUUCCCCCUUUGGAAGCCCCGAGCGGACUCCGACCCGGCGCGGCCCAACCGCUGCUCCGGGGAGGAUCGCUGCUCCGGACGGCAACCGGUCCCAAGGGAGCGGACUCGAUCGACGGCAACGGGGCAGGAAGCGGCAGCGAGGAGGAAACCGUGUACUGGCCCAAACUCGCUCCGAACUCGCCCAAGCUGAAAGUAACCUUCAACGAAGUGACCAGUACGUCCGCGUCCGAUCACGGUGGUGGUGUUGGGGCCGAUGGCAAGCGCCAUCCGUCCGCUGCUGGAACCACGCUACGUAUGUCCAGUGUUACGGGGGAAACUGACGACGGAGACUACGCUACGCUAAGGGGCCCGUCCGGCGAUCUGCUGCUGCAGCAGCACCCCCACCACCCGGGGAUGGGCACCUUCGUCGACGGUGACCAUCAUCCGCUGCCGCCGCCACCAUCCGAGGACCUGCUGAUGGUGCAAAACAACGACCACGCGGACGAUACCUCCGAGGAGGGCAAACUGUUGGCUUGCGUGCGCGACGACAGCGUCACGUACGCCUCGACCCGGGACCUGGAGCCGCCGAUCGCGCGGACCAUGUCACGCGAGACUUUCAUGAGGUCGCCGGAACAGCUGGGUAGCCCGCUGGCGCCGGUGACCGUCACCGUGCACAACAACGAGGCAGUGGUUCCCGGAUCAACGCCACGUUGCCUGCGUCGUGCCGAUUCCGGAAUGCCGAACGAGGCGCUGACUCCACGCUCGGACACCAACUCAACGGAGAGCUCCACCAGUCCGCCCGACUGUCGGGACGCUCCGUCGGAAGCUUCCAGCGGGAUUCACUCCGGCGAGGAGCGGGACGAGGUGGUGAUCCGGCCGCGAUCAGGUCCGUACAAGUCGAUCAUCAAGCCACCUCCGCCGGCAAUCCAGGAGGAGCCGUUCGGUCGGUCAACUAACAUGAAAAUGUCCAGCUUCAACAAGGACGGCUCCAGCGCGACGCUUCCACUGACCCGCGGUUCCUCGGACGUCCGCAUGGACUAUCCCCAGUGCAGUACGAUGCCUCUUCCGGUGGGAUAUCACCACCAGCAGCACCACUACCACUCGCAGUCCUCCUUUACCCCGCCCAAUUCUUCCUCGCGGCAGCAGAUCGCUCCCCACCAACACACGACCCUUCCGAACGGUGUCCGCUACUCGUCGAACCAGUUCCUCAAGCGGAUGCCGUACAUCAAAACGGCCGAGUCGCCGUACGGUCACCUGGGUAUGGGCGCCGGCCAUCACACGUUCUCGAAGCUGCUGCACGACCCGCUGGGCAUGCCCAACCAUGGGCCGCCCACGCACUCCCAGUCCAGCCACUGCAGCUUCUCGCCGGUUCCGCCCAUCCCCGAGGACCGCGACUCGGCCAACUACUCCAUGAUCUCCGAUUAGGACCGGGAAAUGUACAUAAACGCCGGUCAGAUCAACCCCACGAUACACAUGCAGCAGCACUAGAGAGCCGUGUUGGGCCGUCGCCAUCUGGUUGUUCGAACGAGCACUAGCGACGCGCGUUGCAUGCAAGCUUGCAUUGAAGAUGGUCGAUUGUUCUCGCGCGCGCUCACAAGUGAUAAAGAAAACUAAUCAAAACCGAACAAGAUGGACGAGUAUUUUACAGAGAGACGGAUCAGUUCCAAUCCAAAACGCUAUAUCAUUGUAAUUAAAAGAGCAACGUAACGUGUAAGCUUAAGUGUAGAAAAUUUACCAUUCAAUGCGCCUUCUUUCGAUUAAGUUUAACCGAUUAACUAAGAAUAGUUUCCGCGUAAACCAAAACCGGAAGGGUGGAAAAGUCGCACAAUUAAGUUAAGACAGUCGGUUUAGUUACAAUUCAGGUUAGGUUUGUACAUUGAUCAAUUCGCGGAAGCAGCAGCAGCAGCUCGUAAGUGUAAAUAUUAGAAUUUUAAAAAUAAAAAAAUAUCACAUUCUACACGCAUCGCAUUCACGGAAAACAAUCGCUUCAAAUGAGCAUGAGUCACAUUUAUACAGCAUUUUAGGAGAUCGGAGAAUUUUAACUCACCUAACACACACACACACACACGCGCAUAAUCGUUGAAAGUUUACUCUGCUUUGCAAAUCAAUACUUACAUUAACAAAUCAAUCACGAUCGAACUCGUUGGAGAAGGAAGGAUGAAUAAGACUGUGGGAUCCAAAAUUAGUGUGAUUAGUUGCAUUUUUUUUAGUGUUUGUGAAGGCGACAGCUAUUUCUUGACCUCUUUCUUUGGAGGUGCGUACUGCCCCUGAAGUGUAGUACGCUGCUGGUAAGGCAGGGGGUCAAAAAAAGAUUCAAAUUGGCAGAAGCUAGCAAAGAAAAUAUUUCUUCUUUUUUGUUCUGCUGUCCGUAAAGCUUUUUCUAGGUCCCUUUUCUUUAGAGAAGCGUACUGGCCAAAAAAAUUUGAUCCGCGUUCCUAGCUAAAUAUUGUUUUUGGAUUACUUUUGAAAUGUAUCUUCGUCAAUUUUGACAGCUCAGAUCGAUUCGACAUCUUUCACACCAAUUUCAAAUCGCGUCAAGCAUUAAAUCGAUGGAUGUCAUUUAUAAUCUUACAAUUUCUCAAGUCAUGUCGGUGAAAACUUGACGGGAAUCGAUUGUUAUUUUUCAAAUGACAGACUGACAUGUGCCGUUGAAUUUGUGCGAUGAAAUGCUUCAAAAAAAUUAUCAAAGUGGUAUUGUUAUAACGGUUAAUCGUGAUGUUGUACACUCAACCUCCGGUGGUUGGUCACUUUUUCGUUUGAUACUUUUUUAGUUUGUACCCCGUUGGUUGGUCAAAGUCAAACUAAAAAGUGACGAACUGUCACUUUUUACACGGCGCUCACGCACACUAUCAAAACACACGUUGGGUAGUGUGUGUGAACUCCGUGUAAAAGGGGUGUCAAACUAAAAAGUGACCCCGUUCGUUUGACAACAGUUGGUGUCAAACCGUCGGGGUUUUAAUGUAUACUGAAACCCCGAUGGUUUGACACCAAUUAUUGUCAAACGAACGUGGUCACUUUUCAGUUUGACACCCUCUUUACACAGAGCUCACACUUACUACCAAACGUUUGGUUUGAUAGUAUAUGUGCGUUUACCGGUGGUAACCCUUUUGAAAAGGGUAACGACAGGUAAACUUGAAAAAAGGUGGAAGUAACCCUUAAAAUGUGUUUUUCUACCUUAUUUUAACAGAUAAAAUGUAGACAGACCCCUUUUUAGGGGUACUUCUGAUUUUGAGUGUACUGACUUUUUUUUAUAGAAAAGUGUUGCUUCACUAACACUAAAUAAAUGCAACUGAAUGCUUCAAAUCUUUUUUGAGAUCAGAAUAUUAAUAAUAUCACUUGUCUUAAAUCAAACUAUUAUUUUGUUAAAGACGUAAUAAAAAUAGUUAUUAUUUAAUAUCAUCUACUUCAGAGAAAAACAAUAUGUUUUAAUUCAAUAAUCACGCAUCAAAUCAAUAGAAUUAGUGAAAACUUCAUUUACGUAAGCAAAAAAAACAUAAAAAACACGACCCAGGCAUAUCGGAUCAGUAAAAAACGUCAUAUCUAAAGCCGCAAACCAAAGCAAAUGGAACAAGCAAAGUUUAACAAUGAAUUUCUUCUCACCGGAAAGAGAUGCGCUAAGUAUUUUGAAAUAUUCGCAAACGAAAGAAACAAAGAAUCUCAUAAACUCACACCGACCACAGACUACGCUACCGAUAAUACUCACACUCAUAUUUACCGGAAGCAAAGCACCUAUUGCCAUAUAUGUAUCGUGUCGCCAACAUAACUUAGGAGGGAAUAAAAAACGGUAUUUUUUACAGGAAGCAACUCAAAGAAAGGUAGUUUUUAACCUGGGCAAAGGCUAAACAAAUCAGGAUCAUUUGCAGCAAAGAUUAGAAGAACAGAAAAACAAAAAAACAACACAAGUAUAUCGUAACCACAGGACAAUAUUAUCAUGAGACAGAAUUUUAUACACGAAUAUAAAUCCUAAUGUUAUAC